UCUCCUGCUACCGUGACUAAGAUGGAAGCGCUUUCGGAGUCGCGGGCCGGAUUUUGGGCCGGGGGCCCGGCUCCCGGCCAGUUUUACCGCAUCCCGUCCACUCCCAGUUCCUCCCUGGACCCGGUGUCCGCUGUCCACGGGAGCCCGAUCACGCGGACCCAGAACCCCAUGGUGACCGGGACCUCGGUCCUGGGCGUCAAGUUUGAGGGCGGCGUGGUGAUUGCGGCAGACAUGCUGGGCUCGUACGGCUCGCUGGCGCGUUUCCGCAACAUCUCUCGGAUCAUGCGAGUCAACGACAGCACCAUGCUGGGCGCCUCGGGAGACUACGCGGAUUUCCAGUACCUCAAGCAGGUGCUCGGCCAGAUGGUGAUCGACGAGGAGCUGUUGGGGGACGGCCACAGCUACAGCCCCCGAGCCAUUCAUUCGUGGCUGACCAGGGCCAUGUACAGCCGGCGCUCCAAGAUGAACCCCUUGUGGAACACCAUGGUCAUUGGAGGCUAUGCCGGCGGAGAGAGCUUCCUCGGUUAUGUGGACAUGCUCGGUGUGGCCUAUGAGGCCCCUUCGCUGGCCACAGGCUAUGGCGCCUACCUGGCUCAGCCUCUGCUGCGAGAGGUUCUGGAGAAGCAGCCGGUCCUGAGCCAGGCUGAGGCCCGGGAGCUGGUGGAACGCUGCAUGCGAGUGCUGUACUACCGGGAUGCGCGGUCCUACAACAGGUUUCAAAUUGCCACGGUAACUGAAAAGGGUGUUGAAAUAGAGGGACCAUUGUCUGCAGAGACCAACUGGGACAUUGCCCACAUGAUCAGUGGCUUUGAAUGAACUACAUAGUAUCCAGAACUGAUGAUGUACACACUUAACUUUUGAAUUUGGAUGGUUUCAAGCUAAACUUUGCUUUUGUAAAAUAAACACAUCUUUUAAAAUG